UCAAGACUUCUAUCACUGAGAGACGAACAUGUUGUGAAUAGAAAUCUCAGAACCGGCGACAUCGCUACUCUUGUGGAAGGCAACUGCGUCGCCCCGCUUGACGAAAUUAUGAUCGCACAUUUAUUGUGUGUCAGAGCACUGUACUCGCAAGAUUACAUAGAUGCUUACAAUCAUCAGAGUGCUUGUGUGGCGGCAGUUGUGAGGUUACUGCAAGUACAAAAAGAAGAGAACUGGAGUCUCCCUCUCAUGUAUACUGUUUGUUUAGACCUUAGACUUGUUGCACAGAAAGCAGAAGCUUGUAGUCCACAAAGCAAUGGCAAGAUUUUGGAGAAGGCAGCAGAAAGUCUACUGGCUUGUUUCCGAGUAUGUGCUGCCGAUAACAGAUCCUCAGAUGUAGACACCAAGAAAUUGGGGAUGUUGAAUCUUGUAAAUCAACUUCUUAAAGUCUAUUUUAGAAUAAAUAAACUACACUUAUGUAAACCGCUCAUCAGGGCAAUAGAUUCGUCACCAUUUAAAGAUCAAUUUCCAUUAGCUCAACAGAUUACAUACAGAUAUUUUGUUGGACGGAAAGCGAUGUUUGAUUCAGACUAUAGAUCUGCCGAUGAAUACUUGUCUUUUGCAUUCCAAAAC